GAGAUUAGUAUAUAUAUACACAAAACAUAAUAGAACGAGAAGAAAGAGAGAAGUGUUGGGGUCACUUCGUUGUUGUGUUGUGUUGUGUUGGCCUCUGUUGGAUUUGGUUUAGACGCGAGAUAAUCAUAUUCUCGACUCUCUUCUUCUCCUUCAACGGAAACGGAGAUAUAAAGUGCAACAACCCCAUACGAGAAUUUCUUAUUGUUUUAGCAAAAUGGAUACGCCCCAAAAAACUGAAAACCACAUCGGCACUCUGGAAAUGCAGAACUCUCCAGUGUUUAACUACAUAAACAAUCUGUCUCCAAUCAAAUCAAUCCCAAUUAUUGCUCAAACCUUUGGCUCUCUCAGUCCUUCUCUCUUCACUCCCCCUCACAAUGGAUCUCGUUCCAAAAGUCAUAUUUACUCCUCUGAUCCUUCCAAAGAAGUAGUACUUGUAGAAGAAACUUUACUUGAAACCGUACAAAUUCUCAAGAAUGACUGCUUCUCUACUCCUACUCCUACUCCUCCUAGAGCUAUCAACGAUGGUCUGACGGAUCUGCAGAGAAUGUGUGACGGCAAUGUUAAGCGUAAAAGUGAUACUCCAGAUUGGGAAACUCUGUUUCCGGAUACUCCUGAACUCUUGAUUAAUGAUACACUGAACGAUUCGGAGGUAGAUAGAUGCUUCUUACCGGUAUCAUCAGACUCCAAAAGACGUUCGUGUGGUGGUAAAAAGCCCGUUUCAAACAGCAAAGAGUCGUCCGCAGAUGGUCUUCACCGUGGAGUGAGAAGACGCCUUCUAGACUUUGAGAUGCCUAACAUUAAGCAAACGUCUAAGGACAGCGAUGUUGGGAAUGAGUACUCAUUAUCCGGAAACAUUAAAGCCGGUGAAGCUGCAGGACAAAGUGUAGUAGAAGAGGUUCCAAAGUCUUCUUUAGAUUUAGUGGUAAUGAAUCAAAGCAGUCCAAAGAAGAAAAGACUUAAGUCUGAACAAGGAGGAGAAGGAGACUCAUCAUGUAAACGGUGCCACUGCAAAAAAUCCAAAUGUCUGAAACUUUACUGUGAAUGCUUUGCUGCUGGAGUUUAUUGCAUAGAGCCAUGUACAUGUCUAGAUUGCUUCAACAAACCAAUCCAUGAAGAGACUGUCUUAGCCACUCGAAAACAGAUUGAAUCCCGGAAUCCACUAGCGUUUGCCCCUAAAGUCAUUGGAAAUGCUGAUUCUUCCAUCAUGGAAGUUGGUGAUGAUGCAAGCAACACUCCAGCUUCAGCGCGACACAAAAGAGGCUGCAACUGCAGGAAAUCAAACUGUCUGAAGAAAUACUGUGAAUGCUAUCAGAGCGGAGUUGGUUGUUCCAUAAACUGUAGAUGUGAAGGAUGCAAGAAUGCAUUUGGCAGGAAAGCUGCCUCUUCAUUUGUUGGCUUGGAUAUCAAACAAGAUGAUGUAAGCGAAACAGCGAAAACACAACACAGGGCAGAGCUGUUUAGUUCUGUUCCACUUCCAACUUCAACACCACUGUCAUUAAGGCAACCAUUGGCUCAACUUCCCAUCUCAUUCAACAACAUGCUGCUUCCUCAACAGUCUCAGCAACUUCAUGGAGCUUCUGGAUCUUCCUUAUACGAGGGGCAAUCUUUCAGAAAACAAGGCAUGAGUUUGUUCUCUCAUUCAAGGAUUGAGACUAUCGCAGAGGAUAUUGAGAAUGUAAUCCUGUCUCCAAUAACUAACAUCAAUGCUGUAUCUCCCAAUAGCAAAAGGGUUUCUCUGCCUCAUCUUGAUGCAUCACAGAUGACUCCAAGGAGAAGAAAUGGUGAGAGGAAACUGUUACUGUCAAUUCCAACUUUUCCUUCUCUCACUCCACACCGUUAAAAAUAUUCUUUGAAACUGUUUCUGAUGUCAACAUCUAGUUGGUAGUUUAAACUUACACAGCAACAGCAUAACGUUUCUAGUAGUUUAGUGAUAGCACAUUUCGUUUGUUUUUCCAAAGGUUGGUUAUUCCAGCUUUUCCUUCUCUUAACCUAAAUCAGUGAAACAAGAAAAUCAACUAUUCGUAAGUUUUGUAAUGAUUUCAAGCCUAUAACCU